AUGGACUUUCUGCUAGGACGCAGCAAGCCGGCGGUGGCGCCGGUGGCCGGCGAUCGCGUUGUGCCGCUGCACUUUUUCGAGGACAGCCCGCUGGUGCAGGGCAACAACAUGGCCGUGUCACUCACGUUUGAUGGAUCCGCUGAAGCUGCGUCGUGCGCUCGAGAGCCUGGUGCAGCGGCCGGGCUGGGAGAGGCCGCCGGCAAAACCGAGUGGCACAGUCCAGCCAUUUUUGGCGACGACCGACCGGCCAUCAACUUUGCACACGUCGACCACGACGUCACGAUUGCUGCCUAUGCAGCCGCCAGCAACAUCCGGCUGCCGCAGCCGAGCAGCGUGCCGGCCGUGGUGAGCGACCCGGACGACUUUGCCGACCUGGCUUGGGCCCCGGGCUAUCAGCCUGGCGGCAUCACCGACUAUCUCGGCACAGACGGCAUCGACUGA